GACGGUGGACGAGCAGUUGUUUCUGACGGCAGCGAUGGAGAACAAGCUGCCUGUGGUGGAGAAGUUCCUCAGUGACGGAGGAGACCCCAACGCAUGCGACCACUUCCAGAGAACAGCUCUGCACAAAGCUGCGUUCAGAGGAAACAUGGAGGUGCUGAAGAGCCUCCUGGAGGCCGGAGCUGCCAUCGAGAGAAAAGACAAGCUGGAGGCCACAGCGCUGCACUGGGCCUGCAGAGGGGGAAGUCUGCCGGCCCUGCAGCUCCUCCUCCACCAGGGGGCAAAGGUCACGUCCAGAGACAAGCUGCACAGCACUCCUCUCCAUGUCGCUGUGAGGACGGGACACUGUGAAUGUGCUGAACAUCUCAUUCACUGUGGAGCAGACGUCAACGCCAGAGACCGAGACGGAGACACGCCCAUGCACGACGCUGUGAGAAUCAACAGAUUCAAGAUGAUCAAGCUGCUGAUGAUGUACGGGGCCAGUCUCAACACCAAGAACAGUGACGGAAAAACCCCACUGGAGACGCUGUACUCGUGGCAGAACGGAGCCAAGAGUCUCCUGUGUAACUUCGAUGAGGAGAAACUCAGCAGGAACUCCCCCUGAGGUCGAGACCACGGAACAAGAGAAAAAGGAAAAGUGGUAGAACCUCUGAUCAUUCUAUCAUUUGUCUUGUCUUAGCGUGCGUCCGUCCACUGAGGAGCUGCAGACUCCAAACUCUGGCAGACAUUAACCUCAGGUCAUAUUCAGGUGCUGCAGGAGCUCAUCACUAACAGAACAUUUGUCUUUAACUUCGCUCCGGGUUCAGGGAUUUGAAUCAGUAACCAGGCGACUGUCACGUUAGAGAAGAACUUUCCUAGAAGCAGCAGCAGGGACUUGAAGGAUCAGUAAUGUGAAAUCUAAUCGGCGUGUUUUAUUGAUAAUGUGAUUAUUAACACUGAUGGAGUCACUGAACGCCAAAUAUUGCUGGACAAUGUCUCGGCCGACAACGUGAAGAUGCUUUUGUUUGAACUUUUCUUCAUUUGAACUUUAAGCUGAGUUGACGUCAGCGAUGCUGCAUCGAGAAGAUGAUUAUUUAUUGAUUAUUGGAAACUGACUGUGAUCAGUUUACUGGCUUUGAUUGAUUUCGACACUUACACUUAAUAAGUGAGUGAUUAGAAGUGAAUUAUUUGUGUCGUGGUAUUGAAACGUUCAGACGAGUUGUCUGACUUGUUGAGAAGUGAGAGGAUGAAGCAGGUGUUUGGAUCUAGAUGAGAAGAAUGUCUCCACCCACACAUUUACAGAACAAACAGGAAGCUAGGACAGAGCUGCAGCGACGUACAUUAAGUCCUUCAUCAGAUCUCGUGUUUUGAAUCUCGUUCAUAUCGACAUCUGCACGUUUCCAGUUCCACUCCGUCUCUUUCGCUCGUCUUGCUCUUGUUUAACUUUUCACUCUGAAGUUUUUGUUCCACUUUAUUAUUUCAAAUGUCACACAGUCAAUUUUCUAACGUUGGAUCUAAUUCAGCUCAAACCUUCAGCAUCAGUUUUGCUUGUGUUUGUAAGUUUGGACAAAACGAACUUUGGACAAAGUUCAUCCAGAUCACUUUGAGCGUCGGGGUCAGAGGUCACCUGAGCUGUCUCUCACCUCUUCUGUGUGUGAGAGGGGAGAAAGUGAAAGUCCCAGUUGGUUCUGAGGAUGUCUGAAGAAGGUUAUGUGAAGUGAAUGCGUCCUGAGAGAUGAUUAAUAAUCAGAUUCAUUUUUUAUUGUAACAGAUGAAUGUAAACUUU